AUGUUCCUCCGUCUGGAAGCAGUCCGGAGUUCGGGUGAAGUGGAGUUUGUCGACGGUCGUGGGCGCGGUGUGAACUCCCCCCGCUGUCUCGGAGCUGUGCAGGACGACGCGACGCUCGACGCGCCUUUGCGCCGUGCGACGGAUGUCGUCAACAAGGGUCGCCGACGCACGGGCCAGGACAAACACAUCCACUCGUCCGGCCCCGCUACCGGCACCCAGCGGGCCCGGCUCACCGAAAGUUUUUCUCAUGACUAG